UGGAACCUCCUGACUGUGAGCAGGAGUCACCGCCUCCAGGGAGCCCAUGCCUGCAUCACAAAGGAGGCCCGGAAGCCUGCAGGCAGCCUCAACUCAGCCCCAAGCCACUGCUCUCCCAUCCCAGUCCCUGGAAAUCCACCCACUUGGCCCAGCUCACCCCAACUCCAACCCACUGGGACCCAGUCUCCAGGGGCCUGACUGUGGGCGGCAGCCUCUCCUGAGUGAGCAAAGUAACCUGGAGAGGCCACGAGUGUCCCCAGGGAGCCGCAGUGCCUUCGCCUCAGCAGACACUCCACACCUGCCCUGGGUACUCGGCUCAAUUUGAAGGUGCUUAUUUUGUGUGUGCCGUGGGGCACAUGGAGCCGUCUGUGGAUACCUGCAGGACAGAAUGAAUUCAGGACGCAGGAGCAGAUUCAUUAAUUCUGACCAAACUCCCUGUCCUGCCUACAGCAGCAGCCUGUGCCCAGCCGUGUGUGUCUUCAAGUGCUGCCCACUGCCCUGCUGGCUCCAGAAGGUGUCCCCUCCAUAGCAACAGGGUCAGGGGACGACCAGAGCUGCACACCAGCCAGGUUCCUCCGCGGUGCUCUCCCGUCCAGAGCCCUGCUGAUGGGGAAGUCCGAAGGCCCCGUGGGGAUGGUGGAGAGCGCCGGCCGUGCAGGGCAGAAGCGCCCGGGGUUCCUGGAGGGGGGGCUGCUGCUGCUGCUGCUGCUGGUGACCGCUGCCCUGGUGGCCUUGGGUGUCCUCUACGCCGACCGCAGAGGGAAGCAGCUGCCACGCCUUGCUAGCCGGCUGUGCUUCUUACAGGAGGAGAGGACCUUUGUAAAACGAAAACCCCGAGGGAUCCCAGAGGCCCAAGAGGUGAGCGAGGUCUGCACCACCCCUGGCUGCGUGAUGGCAGCCGCCAGGAUCCUCCAGAACAUGGACCCGACCACGGAACCGUGUGACGACUUCUACCAGUUUGCAUGCGGAGGCUGGCUGCGGCGCCACGUGAUCCCCGAGACCAACUCAAGAUACAGCAUCUUUGACGCCCUCCGCGACGAGCUAGAGAUCAUCCUCAAAGCGGUGCUGGAGAAUUCGACUGCCAAGGCCCGGCCGGCUGUGGAGAAGGCCAGGACGCUGUACCGCUCCUGCAUGAACCAGAGUGUGAUAGAGAAGCGAGGCUCUCAGCCCCUGCUGGACAUCUUGGAGGUGGUGGGAGGCUGGCCGGUGGCGACGGACAGGUGGAACGAGACCGUAGGACUCGAGUGGGAGCUGGAGCGGCAGCUGGCGCUGAUGAACUCACAGUUCAACAGGCGCGUCCUCAUCGACCUCUUCAUCUGGAAUGACGACCAGAACUCCAGCCGGCACAUCAUCUACAUAGACCAGCCCACCUUGGGCAUGCCCUCCCGAGAUUACUACUUCAACGGCGGCCGCAACCGGAAGGUGCGGGAAGCCUACCUGCAGUUCAUGGUGUCAGUGGCCACGAUGCUGCGGGAGGAUGCAAACCUGCCCAGGGACAGCUGCCUGGUGCAGGAGGACAUGGCGCAGGUGCUGGAGCUGGAGACACAGCUGGCCAAGGCCACGGUUCCCCAGGAGGAGAGACAUGACGUCAUCGCCUUGUACCACCGGAUGGGACUGGAGGAGCUGCAAAGCCAGUUUGGCCUGAAGGGAUUUAACUGGACUCUGUUCAUACAAACUGUGCUAUCCUCUGUCAAAAUCAAGCUGCUGCCAGAUGAGGAAGUGGUGGUCUAUGGCAUCCCCUAUCUGCAGAACCUUGAAAACAUCAUCGACACCUACUCAGCCAGGACCAUACAGAACUACCUGGUCUGGCGCCUGGUGCUGGACCGCAUUGGUAGCCUAAGCCAGAGAUUCAAGGACACACGAGUCAACUACCGCAAGGCGCUGUUUGGCACAAUGGUGGAGGAGGUGCGCUGGCGUGAAUGUGUGGGCUACGUCAACAGCAACAUGGAGAACGCCGUGGGCUCCCUCUACGUCAGGGAGGCGUUCCCUGGAGACAGCAAGAGCAUGGUCAGAGAACUCAUUGACAAGGUGCGGACAGUGUUUGUGGAGACGCUGGACGAGCUGGGCUGGAUGGACGAGGAGUCCAAGAAGAAGGCGCAGGAGAAGGCCAUGAGCAUCCGGGAGCAGAUCGGGCACCCUGACUACAUCCUGGAGGAGACGAACAGGCGCCUGGAUGAGGAGUACUCCAAUCUGAACUUCUCGGAGGACCUGUACUUUGAGAACAGUCUGCAGAACCUCAAGGUGGGCGCCCAGCGGAGCCUCAGGAAGCUUCGGGAAAAGGUGGACCCAAAUCUCUGGAUCAUCGGGGCGGCGGUGGUCAAUGCGUUCUACUCCCCAAACCGAAACCAGAUUGUAUUCCCUGCCGGGAUCCUCCAGCCCCCCUUCUUCAGCAAGGAGCAGCCACAGGCCUUGAACUUUGGAGGCAUUGGGAUGGUGAUCGGGCACGAGAUCACGCACGGCUUUGACGACAAUGGCCGGAACUUCGACAAGAAUGGCAACAUGAUGGAUUGGUGGAGUAACUUCUCCACCCAGCACUUCCGGGAGCAGUCGGAGUGCAUGAUCUACCAGUACGGCAACUACUCCUGGGACCUGGCGGAUGAACAGAACGUGAACGGAUUCAACACCCUUGGGGAAAACAUUGCUGACAACGGAGGGGUGCGGCAAGCCUAUAAGGCCUACCUCAAGUGGAUGGCAGAGGGUGGCAAGGACCAGCAGCUGCCCGGCCUGGAUCUCACCCAUGAGCAGCUCUUCUUCAUCAACUAUGCCCAGGUGUGGUGCGGGUCCUACCGGCCCGAGUUCGCCGUCCAAUCCAUCAAGACAGAUGUCCACAGUCCCCUGAAGUACAGGGUACUGGGGUCGCUGCAGAACCUGGCCGCCUUCGCAGACACGUUCCACUGUGCCCGGGGCACCCCCAUGCACCCCAAGGAGCGAUGCCGCGUGUGGUAGCCAAGGCCCUGCCGCGCUGUGCGGCCCACGCCCACCCGCUGCUCGGAGGCAUCUGUGCGAAGGUGCAGCUAGCGGCGACCCAGUGUACGUCCCGCCCCGGCCAACCAUGCCAAGCCUGCCUGCCAGGCCUCUGCGCCUGGCCUAGGGUGCAGCCACCUGCCUGACACCCAGGGAUGAGCAGUGUCCAGUGCAGUACCUGGACCGGAGCCCCCUCCACAGACACCCGCGGGGCUCAGUGCCCCCGUCACAGCUCUAUAGAGACAAUCAACUGUGUCCUGCCCACCCUCCAAGGUGCAUUGUCUUUCAGUAUCUACAGCUUCAGACUUGAGCUAAGUAAAUGCUUCAAAGAAA